GAAACUUAGUGAAGGUCGCUGGGAGUCCUCUCUCUCACCCAAACACCCAAACACCCACCCACACACACACACACACACACACACUCACACACACUUCACCUGGCACUUACACACUCACACACACAUUCCUGUGUAGGGAGCUGAAGCUCAGCUCAGUCCCAGUCCUCUCCUACUCGAGCGAGGAGCCUGCCGGUGAUCGGACUGUCGCCUGAAGCGAAGAGGCCGGGCCGGUGUUGAUUCAAUUUUACAGCCCAGUCACUCUCUCUGAAGCUCCGAUUAGUCAGCCGAGGGAGACGAGGGGGAGAGAAGGAGAAGAAGAAGAGGAAUAGUGAUGGCUAUGACCGACAUUGCAGAGGAUGACCUGGAUGAGAUGAUGCGUGAAGAAGCGGAAGAUGUCUUCUAUGAGGACGGAGUGUCGUCCCACAUCCCAGAGAUCAUGGCGGCCGGCACCCACUCCCCCGGAGGGCCCAACGGCAUAAUCCGGAGUCAGUCCUUCGCUGGCUUCAGCACAUUACAGGAGCGACGCUCACGGUGUAACUCUUUCAUGGGGAACUCAGCGGUGCAGAAGAAGCCUCAGUCCAAGCCCAAGAAGCCUCACCUGUCAGGACACAAGGGAGGCAGCAGCUCCAGAGAGCCGCAGCCCAAAAGACUGGAGGAGGUUUACAACGCACUCAAACAAGGCCUGGAUGAGUAUCUGGAAGUUCAUCAAACGGAGCUGGACAAACUCAUGUGUCUGAUGAAGGACAUGAAGAGAAACUCUCGCUUGGGAGUGCUGUAUGAUCUUGACAAGCAAAUCAAAACCAUUGAGAGGUACAUGAGGCGUCUGGAGUUUCACAUGAGCAAGGUGGAUGAGCUGUACGAGGCGUUCUGCAUCCAGAGCCGUCUGAGGGAAGGUGCCAGCCGGAUGAAGCAGGCCUUCUCCUCCUCUCCCUCUACUAAAGGCACCAAGGAGAGCAUCGCAGAGGUCAACCGCCGGUACAAGGAAUACACUGAGAACAUGAGUACAUUCGAGAGCGAACUGGAGAACCUGCUCGGGGAGUUUCACAUCAAAAUGAAAGGAUUAGCAGGCUUUGCAAGACUCUGUCCUGGAGACCAGUACGAGAUCUUCAUGCGGUACGGUCGUCAGAGGUGGAAGCUAAAGGGCAGGAUUGAAGUGAACUCCAGACAGAGUUGGGAUGGAGAUGAGAUGGUCUUCAUGCCACUCAUCACUGACCUCAUCAACAUCAAGGUGACAGAGCUGAAGGGCCUGGCCACUCACAUGUUGGUGGGAAGUGUGAUCUGUGAGACCAAGGAGCUGUUUACUGCUAUGCCUCAGGUGGUGGCUGUGGAUGUCAACGACCUGGGGACCAUUAAACUCAACCUGGAGGUCACGUGGUACCCCUUCGACGUCGAGGACCUCACUCUGUCGUCCGGCAACGUAAGCAAAGCCACAGCUCUCCAGAGACGAGUGUCAGUCUACAGCCAGGGAACGCCAGAGACCCCCACCUUCCAGGACACCUCCUUCUUUAAGUGGCGGCCAUAUCCCGUGGAGCGCCAGCGCCUCUCCUUCCUGCACAUGCUCCGAGACACCCUGCUAGAGAAGCUAAGGCGCAGUCGCUCGUUUGGUGACCUGGCCUCACUCCGGCCAAGGCCCAAAUCCAGUCUGGAGGUCUAUUCCACUUUACCAGAUGACGUUUUUGAGAAUGGCGGCUGUGGCGUGGCUGAAUGCAAGCGUCUCUCCUUCACCUUCUCUGACACUUCUGGUUCCACGCCCAGCCCCAGCCCCGCCCCGAGCUCCCACUCCACCGGCCAGUCCAACCCGGAGAUCACCGUCACUCCUCCAGAAAUGGAACCAUCACCUACACAAAUCCUCCCAACAAGAGAGGACUCCAUCGCAGAGGAGCAUUUAGAGGAGGAAGAAGAGGAGGAGUACGAGGAGGAUGGAGAGACGGGUAGUAGAGGGAGUAGGGGCACCAGCGCCAGCCUCGCCAGUGAUGAAGCUGAGGUGGCAGAGGACUCAGAGUGGGAGCGCACAGAGUCCCAGCGAAAUUCUGGCUCCAACUGUGGUUCAGCUGCCCCGUCGUUGUGCUCUGACAGCCACCUGUCUACCGUGGCUCCAGAGGAUGUUUUCCUGGAUCACGCGGACGAACUGAAACCUGUGGAACUUGACACAGAGGAGGCAGGCAGCCUGACCAGGCAGCUUGUGAAGAGGCUGACUUCCUCUGAAAUUGUGCCACCCAGUGGGAGCUCUACUGAAGGUGGAGGAAGCCUGAGCUGGGCAGGCGAGGGGAGCAGGGCUUUCCUGGAGAGCAGCCUGGAGGAGGCCAUCCACAGCCUGCUGAUGAGGCUGGAGUCACUGACUCACCGCUGCCGAGAGCUGCAGGACCUGGAACAGGAAGUGAUGCGCCUGGAAGACCUACUCAAGUGUCGUCUCCCAGGCCACAGAAGCAGAUCAUCCAGCCUCAGUCUGACGGUGGAGAGCGCCCUGGAGAGCUUCGACUUCCUCAACACCUCUGACUUCGAUGAUGAGGACACUGGAGACGAUAACGCCGUCCUCAGCAUUCCCCCACAGAGGUCUCAAUUUUUUGAUGCGGACGGAGAGAGGAUCGGGGGCCAGCAUCCAGAAGCCAGGGGACACCUGAGUGAAGCCCUGACAGAAGACACCGGGGUAGGCAACAGCGUGGCUGGAAGCCCCCUGCCCCUAACAACCGGAAACGAGAACCUGGACGUGGCCAUCGUCAUCCACCUGCAGUACUGUAAUCACCUCAUACAGUUGUUGACGGGUGGGGUGGGUGUGUGGCAGCGUCGCAGUCUGCUCCUCAAACUGUCCGGACAGAGUCAGCUCUUAGAAGAACUAGCAGAGAUCAGUGUGGACCGACUGGGAGCUAUUACAUCUGCUGCGGAUGUUCUCCCGGGCCUCGCGGAGCGCCCAGAACUGAUGACACUGUGGUCAGAGUGCAGCGGGUCUGCAGGACUUUUCCACACCACACUGGACAGAGUGUUCAAACACAUGAACCAGCGCUACACGGCAGUGCUGCAGGAGAGACACCCACACAGCGCUGACACAGUGGUUGGUGUUGUAGUGGGCGAGAUGGUUGACAGGAGCGACCUGGAGACGUCGCACGAUCCUCCUGCCUCUGCUCUGUCCCAGGACGUCCUGACCGUGUUUCAGUUCCACAGCUACAUCCUACAACAUGAGGUUCAGGACAUGGAGACACACCUACUGCACCUGGCAAGAGAGGAGGUGUUAGCAGAGGCUCUGUGCAGUGGGGAUUAUUCUCAGUGUCUAGCAGAGAUGGAUGUGGUGCCUGUGUCAUCCCUGUGGCCUAAAAACAGCACCCUGAGGGCCCUGGCCUCCCUGCUCACUGCAGACGACCCUCAGGUCAACAAGGCAGCAGCCGACUACCUCUCUUCUGGAGCGUCACGCAGCCACUUCAGGACCAGGGCUGUGGAGUGCUACACCCAGGCUCUGUCAGAGGCUGGAGUUCAGAGCCAGAGGGCGGCAUGUUCGGCUCUCAGCUGUCUCCAGGCUGUAGAGAGCAUCAGGGCGGUGGUAGCGCUGUGUGAUUCAGCCGAUGAGGAGCUUCGCCAUGUCGCCAUAGAAACCCUGCUGACAUUUGGUGAGGAGGGGCGGCUGGCGUACGAGCAGCUGGACACAGUGCCGGGGGAAAUGAUCCGUCUGGGCACACGGCGAGGAAACGCCGUCACCACGGCCUUCUGAGCCAUCGUGCCACUGAGAAGAUCACAGAUUACUCCCCAGCUGAGGAAAACACUGCCCCCUCAGCUUGACAUCACACUGCACUGUUAAAGACUGAUCCGUUUAUUGAUCUGCCCUCUGGAACAGGCUUAAAGACCUCCACACCGCCACAUUAGAUCACUGUUCUUACUGAUACUGCCUCCUAAAAGGAACUAACACCAAACAAACUGUCUUAACCACAAAGACACACAACCUAUACCCCUCCUGCACACACACACCAUCACCUCCAAUUUCGCACAACCCCACACUCCUACCCACCCCUCCUCCCCCUGCUUCCUGAGCCAGGCAGUCUGGUCAUGUUGAGUUUUAACUUGAGAGCACGAAUUUGACUGGACACUGAAGCCACUGAAAGCUGCUCCAAAGACUGUGGAAACUGGAAAUUGAGCAAUGCAUCUUCACCCCUCACACAACCUCUGUCAACAAGCUAUCCACCACUGCACACAAAACUUGUAUUGCUUAUUCACUGAUUAACCAUCAUCUUGGCUGUUACAGAGUCAGUUGUGUCAGGCAAUAUACUAACUAUGAUCUUUGUAUAAUCACUGUUUAUCACAUGUUUAAGUUGGUGGUUUUGCAUUAGAGAUGUUUUUUGGUGCUUUCAGAAGAUUUGCACAGUUGUAAGGCAUGUAAAUAUGGCAUAUUUUACACAGCCCGUGUAAUAUAUGGUUGUAUUCAAAAUUUAUUUUUAAGUUGUGUUUUCUAGUACGUUCCAUUUUGAGUUUCAGGGAUUCUUGUAUGGUCGAAAGUGUGUGUUUUGUGACGGGGAGGACCAUUAAUAAGUUGAGAAUGGCUUCUUGGAGCGAGUGAGGUAAAGUGGUUAAAGAGCAGUUUACAGUCUUGAACAGAUUAAGACCUCAGUUCAGACCUCAGUGAAGUAAAAGGAGAGGAACAACUGAGUGCCCAAGGUUCACUCUCUCAGCAGUUUAUGGCUGAGUUUAUUCAUAUUUGCAGUUGAACAAGUGCAAUUUUUCUGUAUAUAGCUGACAUGAAAAGACAUUUGAUAAAGUCAGCCUUGACCAUUUGAGCCUUGAUGUGGUCGAGCAGGCAGGUUCCACAAAUACUUUCUUUUGUAAAUGUAUUUUUCCUACCAGGUGUGGAGCCGGCCGAGGGCAAUAAAUACAGUUUAGGAGCGUGAGAAUGCACUCUCAAUAACUGUACAGAGAGGAAGAGGAUCCCUUGGGCAGAGUAUAGGUGUAGCCUCAGUUUUGGCUAACUGCACAUUCAUACGGUAUGUGAGCUAAUAGCACGAUUAGAAAUUAAGCUUUUAUUAUGAGAAACUGCAGAAUGAAGUGUUCUGUUUGGUACGUCUUGGGUCUGUAACGUGGAAACACUGACCCGAGGAAAGCAGAUAAUUCCAACUCUUCACAUUGUAACUGUACUACUGAGUCUAGUGAGACGAUAAAACUCACAUUUGUUCUCACAUCUUAUUUAUUAUUUACUCCUUGUAAUUCUAAUAUUCUUUGGAGUUAUACUGUAAUAGUGCAGAUGACAUUGUUAUGUAAAUGAAUUGUAUAUUUAUGUUAUAUAUUUUGGAUCAGGUCCAGGAUUUGAAAUAUAGUUUAUUGUUUAAAAAGGCCUCCAUGUUAUUACCAUGAUCUCAUGCUUAACUUUAAUUGGAGUUUAUUUUGAAAGAAUUAUAUUAGAUGAAUUAUUAUUUUGGAGAAGAUAAAGAUUUGCUCAUAGUCUAAUAGUGUUAUAGAUUUCUUUUCCCUAAAAGGUCCCAAACAGAAAGGGACGUCGUAUAUUAGAAAUGUUACUUUAUUACUUAGAUUUACUGUAACCAAAGGAAGAAUUAAUUUUAAAUUGUCUUUUAAUAAAAGCUCAUAAUUCAUCGGAGAAUGUAUUUUCAAUACAACAUUUGCAUUUUGGCCAGAAUACUCAGACUUAUAUUUAGAAGCACAACUUAAAAAAGACAAACCCAUAAUAUAUGAAUCUAGCUACAUUUGGUUCUAACUGCACAGUCCAAAAGCCAUAAUGAUUAAAAACAAGUGGUAAUAUUUUUAUGAAAUGUAUUUUUUCUUUUGUAAUAUAAUCUGUAAAUGUGUGAAGUUGUUACUAAAAGCUGAAGAUGGUUUAAAGUUUUUUUUUUUUUUUUCCUAUACCUUUUGCAAAACAUGGUCCACAUUUUAAGUACAGUUGCAGUAUUUUGGUCUAGUAUCUGAUUCACCCAGUCAGUGUCUAUUUUUUUUUUUCUUUGUACAAACUCGCAGUUGACCAGUGUUUGACUGUUCAAUUCCUUAUCACCACAAAGUACAUGUUGGCAAAAUGUGCACGUUUAAUGAUAUAGUCUGAUUUUAAGAAUAACUCGGUACACUUUUGCUAAAAUUGAACUUCAUCCAUCUCUGUGGUCAAUAGCUUCAGUGCUCAUCCAUUUAGUUGCAUACUACUCUUCUCCAUUGUGGUUAGCAGUGUUUCUUCUGCUCAUCAAAAGUUGCAAUAAAUUUUAUUUUUGCAUAAUUAAAAUAAAAUUGUGAAUUUCUUAAGUCUCAAAUGUCUGUCAAGACCAAUGUUUUCAUUUGUCAGCACCGUCUUUGUUGACAAAAACCAUUUGUGGCAUACAUGAACAGUAAAAGCCAUGCUGUUUUCCAGUAAUCUGUCCACUGGACUGUGGACCAGUUUUGAUCUGAUCCUCUGAAGUUAACCUGCUCCAGAGAAGGAGUUCAGCAAAACCUACCAUGGUGAUUUACCCAGGUAAGACGUGAACCACUGUCAUAACCCUAAAAACGGAGAAUUAAACCUGAAGUUACCUCCCUAGCCCCAAAUCCUGCAUCCUAGUACAGGCCUCAGCUGAUUGCUUCCUUAGAGGCAAUUAUUAAAAAACACACCACAACUGACUGAAAACAGCACAUAUUCAACACUGAACAAUACCUUAACAUAAGGAAAAUAAGUGGUAUCGAUGGUGACAAAAAUUGAUUUUAAACUUUAGUGCAAAAAGCCUUUUCUUUAAAAUGCUAUCAUUUUUACUAGUGCAAUAAGAUAACCCAGUUAGAGCUCCAUCAACUGCCAUGAGCAGAAUAUUUAAUGUGGCAAAAGCAGCAGUCUGUUUAAAGUUGAAACAUGUAAAAAGAUCAGCCUCAUGAAAACAAUCCCAACACCUCAGUGAAUGUUUUUGGCUUGACAGCAGCAGAGUCCAUCUGCCAGGUUUGUUUACCAAUAACAGUACUAUAGUUGCUGGUUACACAAGUCACCCUCACGUCAACACAUCUAGCUUCCAACAUUUCACGCAGUUACAAGAUUCAUAUGCCCUAAACUAUGAACUUAAGUCACAAAAUACUUUGUUUAAAAAAAGAGGGGUUUAUUUUACAGAGGCUUUAUAUACACACAGCUGUAAUACAACAUUGUACAUUUUUUACAGUAAAUUUAAUUUAAAAAAAAAAAAAAAAAAAA